AUGAGCGAAGAUUAUGAAGUGAGGCUGAGACGCCAAAUGAUUGAAAUCUUUGGGCCUUUCGAGAGAUUCAACAUUCAACUUCUUGUUCCAUCAACGAAUGCCAGCUUUUCACCAUUUCAACAAAAGGAUUCCUCCAGGAGCAAUUCUCCCACCACAUUUCUCAUGCUCCAGAACAUGCAAAACCUUGUCGACAAAUCGCCCAUUCAACCACCGAUUACCUCCAGAGCCACUUCUUUUGAAAUUGAGGCUCAAACCUCAAACAUCAAAUCACCGUUAAAUCCACCAACGAAGCUUUCGAAAGGAAAUCAACUCAAAACCGUUGAGAAAGGGAAUUUCCGAUUUGGACGAAAUAACACCGAUUCCGAGCAAAAACCGCGCAACGACGUUCUCAAAGAAACAAAUCUACAAAAACGCGAGAAAGACGGAAAAAUCUCGAGUUCAAAAUCGAUGAAAAGUGACCCACAAAAAGCAUCCGAAGUGAUUGUUUCAACGGAAAAGAUCUUGGAAGUUCUCACUUAUCUUCCUCCAAUUCUCACACCACCAAGACGUUUCAAAGAAAGGAAAGCUUCGCCAAAAGAAAUCAAAGCUUCGCCAAAAGAAAUCAAAGUUUCGUUAUCUGUCAACAACGUGAAAAAAGAGGAACUUCCCGAAAAACCAUCCGAAAUGGCAAAAGAAAGAAAACGAGAAGAGCCAAUUAUGGAAAAGGAGAUGAAAAAAGAAUUUGAAAUAAAAAAGAAAUCGGAGAAGAAGCGAGCUCGUCAAAGGAAAUUUCAUCUGAGAAGUCGAAAUGGAGAAAAGAGGACACUUCGAGAGGAAAACAUGUCACCGAGUUUCUCUCAAUUGGAAAAGAAAAGGAAGCACAAUUCAGAAGCGAUCGGAAAUUUGAAUUUGGGGCUUCUCGAGAAAAAUCAAUUUAAAGUGAUUGAGGCGUCACUUAAUCGAAAAAUGUUGAAAACUGUGGAUGAAAAUGGAGUUCAGGAUAUGGAUAUUGCUGGAUCGUCACCGGAAAAAGAGGACGAGGAACCGCCUAAGAAAAAUGAAACACCAAAGUCAACCUCAUCAAAAGUGAAUGUUGAGAAAAUGACUCCAAAGAAAUCAAGUCCAAAUAAGAAGCCAAAACCAAAGCAGCCGACUGAAUGUUGUGCUGAUAGGUGCAUUCCAUCACAAGCCACUGAACCGGAUCCAGCUCAACCAGGAAUGACUGCUGAAGAAUUCUAUUCGAAACGUGCUCGAGACAUCAAACAUAAAGGAGAUGGGCAACAAAACGGGAAUAAAGUGGAAAGAAUGUUGUAUUAUUUGGAAUGCAUUGCAUAUUAUGUGAUGGCAGCUCGACAUUGUGAAACCGAUGAACAACGACAUUCGUUUCUUCGAUCAACAAGCAGUUUUGUGAAAGCUAUCGCCAAACAUACACUCACUCUUCCAAGUCAUUUCCAAGCUCGAAUCACACACUUGUUGAAGAGAGUCGAAGCUGUUCAAUUGUAUCAACUUUACGCGACUCGAUCUGUGCAAGUUGUUCGAAAUAUGCAAAUCGUACAUCAAUUGGAAAAGAGUGUCGAUGAGAAACCGAAUGGUGUCGUCAAUGAUUCCGGUUCCAAUGAAAAUCCACCCACAAAUCCUCCAUCAACAUCUGAAUCAAAAGAAAUUGCCAUUCCGAAAACCCUUUACACUUUGCACAAGCAACAACUGAAAACUUUAUCAUAUUUGAUGACUGCACAAGAAGUGUGGGAAGGAUCGAAAAAGGAAAAUUCGGAAGAAAUAUCGAAGCUCCAAAAAACGAUGGAAACGGUGACAGGACAUCGAAUUGAAUUGGAUAUGCCACUUGAGUCAAUGGCAAGAGUCAUUCUAACAUCUACUUCAUGGCUUCGUGAGGAAAGAAAACGAGAAGAAGCACGAGAAGAAUUGCAGAAACAAGAGGAUGAUUCAACUACAAUUGAUCCAGAAGAAAUUCUCGAAGAGAAAGAGAACAAGAUCAAGGCCACCACAAAAAACAUUCCUUUGACUCAGCAUGAAUGUACGGGGGCACUAUCAAGGAUUCCGAAAUUUGUUGAAGAGCUUGAUUGUACAGCGGCUGAUGAAUGGAAGAAAAUUGUGGAAACACAAACAGAACCACGAUCGGAAUUGAAGGAAAAAAUGAGAAAAUGGGCUCUCAAGUACAAUGUUGAGGAAGAAUUGAUUAACUGGUUGAAUGCUGAAGAAAAUCUCUAUAAUCAAAAAGGGGAAAAGUAUCAAAGUGUGCUUAAUGGAGUUUGGGAAAUGAUUAAUAAAAUCGACGAUUUGGCUAGAAAUGAGACACUUUCACGAUCCGAGGAACGACUCGCCGUUAGUCAACUCUAUGAAAAUGAGGACAAAAUUGUGAUUGAGGUUGUAAAUCUUGUUGUUCAAUUGGUUCGCUCGUGGGCCGGGGAAAAUUUCCCUUUCGAAAGAUGCGCCCACUUGAAGGUGUUCAAAUUUGGACCGAAAUCUAAGCCAAGAAAAAAAAAGAUUCUCUCAAUUUUGAAUGCAAUUCUUUUUCUUCUUUUCUGUCAAUUGAUGUACAUAAUGUUUGCAACUGUUCUCGCUCAAAAUUGCACGCUUUCACAA